GUCAAAGAACAGCUAGUUCUAGCUCGCUGAGGUAGCUCAGUAUUCCGCCUGCGGUUUUCGUUGAUUGUUGUAUCUUUUUCGAUCGGGAUCUUAUAGUGAGAUAGGUGUUGUUUAUUUGUCCUCAAGAACAAGUAUUACAAUAGAUAUAAAAAUGGCUGACCUCGAUUAUGAAAUCCCUCGUGAAGAAGUUGCAGGGGAUACCGCAGAAACAGAUGAGGAGAACAAAUUAAAAAAUAUUCACCUAAAGUACAUACAAACUACACUGAGGGACAAAAUCCUUGAGAAAAUGCCAAAUGAGACGUCCUUGCUUGACGAGUCAAUAGGAUCUAGAACAGACUUAAGUGGCUUCAUGUCAGCCGUCUAUGAUUUUAACUUUUCAACGAAAAAUGUUGCAACUGGCAAAGUAACUAAGCAUUCCUUAUUCAUAAAAUUCAUGAAGGGUGACGAAAAUUUCCGGAAAUCAGUGCGAGCAUAUACACAAUUUGCAAAUGAAAUAUUUGCGUAUGGAAAAAUUAUUCCAUACUAUAAGGAAGUGAUUACUGGUUCACCCAGGUGCAAGAUUGACGUUGAUAAAUGGAUACCAACUACGUAUUGCGCAGAAUAUGGCAAUAUUGCAGGGCUCAACAAAUCCCCUGACUCCACGAUUAUAACAUCGCUCAGUGGAAAAUCAUCCGAACCUCCUAUCAGCAAAGGAAACUAUGAAUCUUGCCUAGUUCUUGAAAAUUUGUCUCCUCACGGAUUUCGUGGUGGACCUCGUUUGCAUUUGGAUAAACAGCAUUUGAAGUUGAUGAUCAAAUUGAUAGCAGAAUACCAUUCUGUUACGUAUGCAUCCAGGAUUCGAGGGGACGAAGAAUUCGAAAGUCUCGUUGGUGGCAUAAUACCACUUCCGUUCACUACGGAAGAAGGUGUAAAUAUAUAUGAGGCUGUGUACUAUCCAGCUUUUUCACGAUUUUUCCAGUAUGUCGAUCGUAUUGGUUCCGAAUGUGCUCCUGUCUUUCUUCAGGCUUUAAAUAAGUUUAAGAGCUUGUAUGGAGAUAAACCGCUUGAAUUACUUGAACAGUUUCGUCAAGUAGAUGAAACAUUUUCAGUGAUCCUGCAUGGGGAUUAUAAUCGCAACAAUGUCUUGUUUCACUAUGAUAAGAAGGAGGGAUUUGAAAAUCCAGCUGAUAUCCGAAUGAUUGAUUUUCAGGAAAUGCGGUAUGGUUCUCCAGCUAUCGACUUAUCCUUCUUCAUGUAUAUGAAUAUGCAUCCUUCAAUACGGGAAGAAUUUUGGAUGGAGCUAUUGAAGUAUUAUCAUGAGACACUUAUCACUUCUAUCUGUGAUAUUUUAGGAUUUGAGCUCCCCGGAGAACAUGAUAGCCUUAAGAAGUACAGCUUCGAAAAUUUCUAUGAACAUUUUAAAAAGUUCGCAUUUUAUGGAGUCUUGAUCUGCAUUCAUUUCCUUCCGUGGAUGGAGUGUUCGGAAAAAGAGUGUGCUUAUGUUUCGUAUUACUUUGAAAAGGAUAUGUUCUGUGAAAAGUUCAAAGAGGCUGUCCACCAUAUAGGCGGAGAUAGAGCAAACAAAAUAAUUUUGGAUGUAGUUCACCACUCUUGGCGACAGGGAUAUUUGGACGCCAUUUUUAAAUAAAAUUAUUUUUUUAUAUACAUUUUUCUGAUUAGGUUACGUUAAUUGAAAACAAUUUUAUGAAAAUAAAUGAUUUUGUAUCGAAUAAAGUGGUAUGCACUGC